AUGAUACGUGGUAGUAUAUUAUGUGAACAAUAUGCAGCUCAAGCUGCUCAAACGGCUCGCCCGUCACAAAUAUCUUCACCGAUUAGCUCGUUGGCUGAUCCUCGAUUCAGUCAGAUCUCGACACAUGCAGCCCAUGAACGAGAACGACUUAGCCGUCAUCAAGUCAGUCCAACUGAUCUCAUUCACUCACCGAGUAUGGUGACUAUGAAUUCGAAUGCUUGGUUACCACCCUCGGAAAAGAAUACGAGAACUGAUGGUAUCAGUGCGAAAAUGAAAGGGUGCUUUACAACAGCGUGUAAGAACCGUUUAAUAGGUUUACUCAUCGGUCUCGGCAUUGCCGCUGUUUCAACGGGCGUGGCUGUGGGAGUUCUCUUGACCAGACCGUCAUCUUCGACAACAACAGACAAUUCUGCAUGUAGUUCGCUACGAUGGGAAGAAUAUGGGGUGAUUGUAGCAGGAAAUGGAACGUGGGGAUCGUCAGCGAAUCAAAUUACAUAUGCGAGUGAUAUACAUGUUGACUCGAGCGAUGCAAUAUAUGUUGCUGAUUCGAAUAACCAUCGAGUGCAAAAAUUCAUGCCAAAUAGUUCGAUCGGUAUUACCGUUGCAGGAAUAACUGGUGUUUCGGGAAGUAAUAGUAGUCUACUCAGUUCUCCAACAGCGGUAGCUACUGAUGCAGAUGGAAAUCUGUAUGUCGCAGAUAGCUAUGGCAUUACAGUAUGGCCAGUAGGUAUACUCAACGGUACUCGGUUACCGGGUUCAUCCGGUUUGGGUUCUUCUUACGACAUCUUUGUUGAUGCAAAUAAGAACGUAUACGUCAGUUACGUGUACGGCUGCGUCAUAAGAAUGUGGACGCCAACAGCAACUGCAAGUACUAUAAUAGCAGGUAAUCAAAUUUGUGGGCAAUCUUUAUCACAACUUUACUACCCCUAUGGUUUUACUGUUGACUCACUCGCGAGUACACUAUACAUUUCUAACUAUUACACUCACACAAUCUUGACAUGGCAAUUGGGAGCUACAAAUGGCACAAUAAUCCACGGAGAAAACAAUACAGCUGGCUCUUUAGAAUAUCUACUUAACUACCCAAUAGAUGUGAAACGUGAUCAACAGGGUAAUCUAUAUGUUGCUGACGCAGCAAAUAAUCGUGUUAUCCUAUAUUGCCCAAAUUUACCAGACACAAGUGCUCGAAUCAUUGCAGGAAUGCAAUUUAACUAUCCACUUGGUAUAGCAUUAGAUUCAAAUCGUAAUUUAUAUGUUUUAGAUUCGAACUCGUAUCGCGUUUUAAAAUUUAAUCGCAUUGGUUGA